AUGACUGUUGACGAGCGUCGAACUCUUGAAGCGCUCAGAGAUGACCCCGCUCUCCUUCCUAACUUCAAGGAGGACACAGAGGACUUCAAUUUUGGCGACGUUUGCAAUGGCACUGAAUCACUUCCCAUUAGUCACGCUGGCAGUGAGUUCAGUGACCUUGCAAGAGAUGUUCUGGGAGAUAAUGGUACUCAAGGAAUGCGUGUUGACAAUCGCACUCAUCAGGAUCGUGUUCUGCGCAGGAACGAAGCUUUUAGCAAACAGAUCCCUGCAAUGACUGACGCGUACCUCGUCUGGAGUUUAGAAAAAUCUAAGAUGGGGCACCAGAUUGCUGAGAAAGUGAUACUUAAAAUAUCUUCUACAGAUCAUACCGUCGCCUCCGCACUUGUCCGUCAAGGUGUUCUACCUUGUUCUCCAAUAUCACCGGUGGUGGGUAUAACUACCGAAGCCCUUGAACUGUAUCGUGUGGCACAUCUUAGGAGCCUGCAUCUUUUGGUUCAAGCAUUUGUGAAAACUAUGUGUGAUCUACAUGGGGUUGAAUUUCAGCACCAUUUAUUACAACAAUUUUCUAUCGUGUUCGACUUAUACCUCCAAAUCAAACAAUGUGUAGCCACCAUGGUAGCAAAAGCACUCCAACGGGACUCACCUGACUGGCGUCUCAAGCACACAUGUCCGGCAUGUUCAUACAAGCUAGCUAAUGAGGAGCAGUUAACCUUCAAGAUGUUAUACGCUAUGGACGGAAACGAUUCUCUCAGCAUAUCGUCCAAACUCCCUACCGGUCAGGUACUCACCAGCGACCGCUACCUCUCUUGUACUUUCAUAGAUCAGUUUAAACAGGACUUGCUGCCUGAAACAGGCAACGAGAGCACAUCAGCAGAUAACCUGUGUGAAGGCCGUUGGAAGAAUAUGGACGAUAUGAAGACAAAGAAAGCCUGGGGUAUAUACGAUGAAACGGGUGUCUUCAUGGCUGUCUGCCAUCAUGGGUUUUGUCUCCUCAUUGUGGACAUGGUGCAGAGCGGAGAACUUGCAAAGUACCCAUUGGCCGUUGUUGCCAGGCUAUUGGAUGUAUUUGGUGACAGCUUAGGUGGUGGGUAUGAUAUCGGGUGUCAAUUCAAGGUUACCCUCAAUAAUAGUUCUCUUGGUCUGCUCGUACAUUCACUGAAUCAUACCUGCCUGGUUGGCACAUUCCACGGACAUGCGCACAGACAUUUAUGUCAGCUUUUUUUGCUCACAACUUACAUUAAAGGCCUGGGACUUGAGGACCUCGAAACGUGCGAAUGCACAUUUUCUAAAUCAAACUCCCUUGCAUCAUCCCUACACUAUGCCAGUGUAUUCCACCGCCAACAAGCCAUUGACUCGUAUUUUGAGCACAAUGAUGAUUUUGAGCUAUACGCAAAUCUUUCUAAUUUUUUACACAACAACUAUAAACAAGCCCUCGACAUAUUAGCAAAUGGCAAUGCUAUGCUACCGAACAUGAUGCGAGAUCUUGGAGUCGCAGAUGACAGCGUGUUUGAACGUUGGCUGGAGGAGGAAAAAGUCUAUUUGAAAGGUUUAAUGCAGGAGCCCGAAGAAGAAACAUUGCAAAUGGAAUAUUGGCAAAGGUUAGUCAAUCUGAAGGCGAGCAGUACACGAUGUCAUGUUGUGGAGGACUACAAGAGGAACUUGAAGCUCGUACAAGUACUAGAAUGCAAACUGGAGGUCAUCAUGCGCUGGGUUCCAGAAGAUGCUGAGUGGCAGAAAGCGGGGAGACUUGUUGCUAACAGGAGGUACCAACGGGCACUGGACCGUCUGGAGGGUCUGGUCGUGGCACAUAUUUUUGAGCUUACAAAAAUGAACAGAGCAGGGACAGGCUAUAGACUACGCAAGCACAUCGUGAAAGUGUUACAGAUGCAUUCAGUGGCCAUCAGAUCCACUCUCAAUACUUACAACACCAUUGCCACUGCGAUGUCCCCUCCCCAGCAAACACUCAAGUGGGAGGAGGUCGUCGACUACGCAUUCCUAGCUGACUUUGACCUGCUAUGCAACACACGUGCAGAUGUUUCGCAAGUCCCUUGGUCUACACCUGGAGCUCGCAGUGCAAUGGACCUCUAUUUUAAGAUGUGCCAGGUGCGGGAGGAGAUUUCUCGUCUCAAUGUUGAGAUACGCCACGGGGACAGCUAUUUGCGAACGUGUGAGGAUCAGCUCAAGUUCCUCAGCCCAGCUCUUGCGCAUCAACUUGCCAUUCAUUGCAACACUCAAGGCCGGUUCAACACACACCAUUUGAAGAGGCUUCACAACAUAUCCACACUCCCAGGUUUCAGUGGGACAUUGGUUCCUGGUCUCAGUGCACGCAUGGGUUUGGGAGAGAAUACGCAUGAGGAUCUAUAUGAGGAGGAGCAAGAGGAAGAGAUAGCAGAGGAAGCGUCCAGGAACUUGCAGGACAUCCUCCUCAUCACUGAUGAUUUUGCACGGCUCAAGCUUAAUGAUAGCUUAGUUGACUCAUCUUAA